UGGCGCCGCCGGCAAUUAACCGGCCAAAUGCGUGAAGAGGUGAUGCCGAAAAAUAUUUUAAUGAUAGGGCCUACCGGUGUUGGCAAGACAGAAAUUUCCCGCCGUUUGGCAAAGCUGGCCGGCGCGCCUUUUGUAAAGGUUGAGGCGACAAAAUUCACUGAAAUAGGCUUUGUCGGCCGCGAUGUGGAGCAGAUUAUCCGCGAUUUGCUGGAGAUUGCCAUUAAAAUGGUGCGCGGCAAGCAGCGGUCUUUAGUUUCGGCAAAGGCGCAUAUUCAUGCCGAAGAGCGGGUUUUAGAGGCUUUGGUCGGCAAAGACGCUUCUCCCGCCACGCGUGAAACAUUCCGCAAAAAGCUGCGCGAGGGCGAGCUGGACGAUAAGGAAAUUGAGAUA